GGAGGGCAUCGAGGGCCGGGCUGGCGGCUGCUCGUGUGGGUCUCACCUCCCGCCCCGCUCUCUCCUGUCCCGCAGCCCCGGCGGCCAGGACCGCUCGGCAGUCGCACCAGGGCCGGGCUGCACCGGCCGCGCCGCAAAUGAAGUGCGAGAACUGCACCAAAAAGGAGUGCAGUAAAAAACAGAAAAAUGAUGAUACGCAAAGUACAUCUGUUGAUGCAUUGAGUUCAGAUGAUGGCUCUGAAGAGAAAAAUGAGUUUGAUACAUUGGCUAAUGCUAAAAUACUCCUUAGCGACUGCCUAGCUUGUGAUAGUUGCAUGACAUUGGAGGAAGGAGCCAGAGUUUUCCAACAGAAUCAGAAGGAGUUCUUUCGUGUUCUCAACCUUAAUAAGAAAUGUGAUACCUCAAAACACAAAGUGUUGGCAGUGUCUCUAUGCCCUCAGUCAUUGCCUUAUUUUGCUGCUAAAUUCAGUCUCUCUGUGAAUGAAGCAGCCAAGAGACUCUGUGGUUUCCUCAAAAGUCUUGGGGUGCAUUAUGUAUUUGACACCACUAUAGCUGCAGAUUUCAGUAUCCUGGAGAGCCAGAGGGAAUUUGUGCAGCGGUACCAACGGAGGAACCAGGAGGAACAUGCCUUACCAAUGUUUGCCUCUGCUUGCCCUGGCUGGAUCCGAUAUGCUGAAAGGGUACUCACCAACCUGGUGACCUCUCACAUUUGCACUGCAAAGUCUCCACAGCAGAUCAUGGGCUCCCUUGUGAAGGGCUACUUUGCCAGGCAGCAGAAUUUGUCUCCUGAUAAAAUUUUCCAUGUAGUUGUGGCACCUUGUUAUGACAAAAAGCUGGAAGCCUUGAGGGAAGAUUUCUACACUGCCUUGUAUAAUUCACCAGAAGUUGAUUGUGUCCUGACAUCAGGUGAAAUUGUCCAAAUAAUGGAACAGAAAAAUGUGUCUAUGAAAGAUGUGGCUGAAGUAGCUGUAGAUAGUUUGUUUGAUGACCUAAAGGAGGGAGAUGUAGUAAGGCAUGAUGGGAAGAGAUCUGAUGGUUACCUGGAGCACAUUUUUAAACAUGCUGCAAAGGAGCUUUUUGGCAUGGAUGUCAAGGAGAUAACCUACAAAGCAUUAAAGAACAAGGACUUUCAAGAAGUUACCCUAGAAAAGGAUGGGGAGACAGUGCUGCGUUUUGCAGCAGCUUAUGGCUUUAGAAAUAUCCAAAACAUGGUCCUGAAGUUGAAAAAAGGAAAGUUUUUCUACCAUUUUGUGGAAGUCCUUGCCUGUCCUGGAGGGUGCCUCAAUGGAAAGGGCCAGGCCCAGACAGAGGAUGGCAAACCAGACAGAGCCCUGCUUGCCCAGAUGGAAGAGGUGUACACCGCGAUUCCCAUCAGGCUGCCAGAAACCAACCUGCACGUCCAGAGGAUGUACCAGGACUGGCUGGAGGGCAUGGACUCCAAGAAGGUCCAGGACACUUUGCACACCACGUACAGUGCAGUAAAUCAAAGCACGAGCAGUUUGGAUAUCAAAUGGUAACGGGUGCAGGUGCAGAGCUGUGCUGAGGCUGCAGGGCAGCGCUGGAACCCUCUGCAAUCGCGGCCACUGGGCACCGGCGAGGGCACAAGGGAGGCUCUGCCCAGCUCGGGACUGUUCUUGGGAAGAACCACUGCUUUGCAAAAGUUCUUGGGAAAAACCAUUGCUUUGCAAAACCAGAGAAGUCUCCAAAAGCCCUGGUUCCUGCCACUGUCAUUUAACUCUUAAUCUUUGUCAUUUCCUGCAUAGAAUGGAUUUCUUCAUUCUAAAGCCUGAUCUUGCAAGGUACAUAAGCCCUUUCUACCAGGGACAGGGAGUGCAAUUCCUGAUCAAGUUACUCCCUGAAGUGAAGGGAUCACUGCAUUAAACAGGCUCCUCCAGGAGGCUGAGAUGAUUUUACUUCUAGGUCUGCAGUCCCUAUCAUCACAGGAGAACAGUCAACAGGAAUUUCAGUAUUGACGCAGUUGGUGUGAAGUAAAUUGGGAUUUACUUACCUUGUUAAGGAAAAUAACCUUUUAAAGGACAAGUGAGUAUACGGAAAGAUGUAAUGAAUUUCUAUAAGCCCUGUAUCCAUAAUUCAGCAAAAAAUACUCAGUUCCAAACUAGCCACCAUUUCUUACUGAUGUAGUGUCACAGAAUGCUUCACAGAAACUGAAUCUGGGAGUGUAAUGCUAAAUGGUUCAUUUGAAAUAGUUCCAAAGAGGUUGGUUGGUACAAGAAGAGAACUUUGUUUCCUUGUAAGUUUUCUGCUAAGCUUGCAGCCAGAAGGAGUGGUGCUGCAUGCUUUGGCUUCUCUCUGAGAGUGGAACAUGCCCAGAUUGUUCUUUCAUUUGUCUCCAUGUUGAAAGACUUGUGCAAAAAAUAACUUCCUGGGGUGCCUCUGAGAAAAAAUACUGAGCAAUGCUUGUGAGCUCAUCAGAGUUACAAUACAUUGGCAUCAUGAAUUUUGAUGCACUUAUUUUUAUAAAUAUGCUAUAGAGGUUCAUUAACAGACAUUGUGAAGUGGUACUGCCGUGCAGCUUGUCUGCAACUUCCCCAGUUGUCAGAGAGUUAAUGAAGAAUGUGAUGGACAAAAGAAAUUAAGACUCCUGCCAGACUAAUUCAGAUUUUCCUGGUAGCAUCAGAUCUGUUCACAAUUAAUGGCUGUUUGAAUCUAGCAAAGUUCUAGCUUUCCUUAUGCAGCCUGAAAGUGUGGAUGAGCUUUUUUAACUAUUUCAUGGCAAUUUGAACGAAUCUUCUUGCAAAUUUCUUCAAUAUUACAACUGCUUGUGUAAGAAAUCCUGCAAAAGUGUUUAAAAUACACAUUUAACCUGGACACAGUGGAAUGGGAUGAAGCAUCAGGGAAGGCAGGGCAAGACCUGGCAUUGGCUAGACCAGGGAGGCUGAAAAGGAGAGAGACAGUGAAGUGUCACCCUGCUGACAAGAAAUAGCCCUCUUAAUGUGAAGCUGUUAAAAAUGGCAGCUUUCCAUUGGACCUCCACCUAAAUAACAAACUAUUGCAUGUGGAGGGAAGUUUCCUUUCAAAAAGUUGAUUAGUGCACUACCUGAAUGCCCACAAUGAGAUUAUGCCCAUGAAUUAUAGAAAUUAGCCUUUGCAAGUUGUUCCUUGUGGUAAGAAUGAUACAUAACGUGGUGCAAUAUCAGAACAUCGACAGAAAUCUACCUCUGUAUGGGAAAGGGAGUCCAGGAGUUCCGGGAAGAGCUGUGUGUAGCUGGAACUGUAAAAAUGUCUGCUACAGAAAGGUGGGGGUGUUGUGUGACAUUUCAGAACAGAUUACUUUCAGAAGCAACAUACACCUCCUUCGGUCUGAUUUUCUUUAUCUGCCGUGAUUUCCUCCAAAAACUCCACCAGAAUAAUGUAAUAAAGUGGUCCUGUUCAGUUUGUAUAGGCCUGUUUCUCUGUAUAUAUGGUUUGUAGCUGGAUGCAUGUUUAAAUUAUAUCGCUGCUGCUCUUUGUACAGUGUGCUUAUUUUUUUAUGUGUGUGUACUGGGUGAAAUGGUACAAAAACAAGAAAUCUUCAGUAAGCUACACAAGAGCUGCCUUGCUGUUCUGAAAGCAGAGCCCUGGACUGUUUGUACAACGUGAUGGAUCCUCCCCAGGGCUGGAUGGCACUUCGGCCAGUGCUUGCCUGCUGCUGUCCCUGUGCUGCUGGGGGAGCCCAGGACUGGGCUGGGCAGUGGCUGAAACAAAUCUGCUCUGCUCCCAGAGCAAGGGAAACCAGUGGCUCAGUGUCUAAAAUGACCUGUUUCAGCUGGAUCCACCAUUCCUUCCCUCUGCUCAAGGGUUUUAACCUAUUGAGGUAGUCACAGUGCAGAGCUGUUAAUGAUUUAUCUUUUUUAAAGACAAGGAAGGCAUCUAACUGAGCUUGCAGUGGCCACACAGAAUGUGUUAUCAUCAGUGACCUAACUAACUGAGACUUGUCUUUUUUAUUUCUUUUUUGGUCAGCUUUUGUUUUAUAAUACUUUAUUUGGCGUAAAAUAUUUUCAUUUUUUAAAGGCCUUUUCUUUAAAGUGCCAGUUUAAAAGGAAAGAUCCAUCCCAUUAAUCUUUCCCCCUUCUUUCACUGAAAUUUUAACAUAUAUCAGAAAACCUUGUUGCAGCUUCAUAUAUAGUGAAGUACUUGCCUAAGGUUUGAUUCUGACUUUUAAAUCUGCAGUUGGAAAGUCCAUUAACAUCGACAAUACGUGUAGUUUGUAGCCACGCUUCUGAAAUUACAGUACCAUUUAAUUCCCUGAUUCCCUAAUAAUUUCUACUGCUACUGUCUUUUCAACAACAGGAAAAGCUCCUGACGUGGCCACAGCCAUAGUGCUUUACCUCUGCCUUGAAUGUUGUGCUGAGACAAGGGGAUUUUUAGAAAAUUAUAAACUGGAGGGAUUGUGGGAAAGGAAUUGGACAUAGUAAAUGAAUUAAUAAAAUUGUCUUGGGAUGUUCUUGACUUGAGCAUGAUAUGCUGGAUUCUUGGGGUUAUGGUUCUUUGCACUGAGAUUGUUCCAGCACGUUUUGAAGUCCCUUUGCCUGGUGCAGGAGGAUUCCCUCAGCCACAGCACCUGUGUGUCCCCUGUGGCCAAGGACCCGAGCAGCCCUGGCUGUGCUGUCCCCCAGAGUAAUGCAGAUACCCAAAUGCAGCACUCUCAGCUGGAUUAUAUCUGGAUGAUGUUCAGUUACCCAAAUUUUGGUGCUUUGUUUUCAAGUGCAGCAUGACCAUGAAUUGUGAAUAAAUCUCAGUGUUCAAUUC